AUGGCGCUGGGCGAGGCAACGCGCGUGGCGCUGCAGGUGUUCAAAGCGACGGGCGGGCUGGUGUGGAAGCGCCACCCCAUGAACCACACGCGCCGCGCCAACGCCAAGACGCGCCACGCGCGCAUCCGACAGGCGGAGGAGGUGCUGAGAGUGUGUGCUGCUGCGCCGCCACAUGCUGCUGCUGACUCCGCCCACUCCCCUCCUCCCCACGAGGCGGCAUCGGGGCAGCAAGCACAUGGCACAGCACAGCAGUGA